UUAGUGUAACAAUGAGUUACAACAUAACAACGAUUGCUUCUAUUGUUAAGUUGUUGCCCUGGGCAAUACAGACGCUAUAUGUUGUCAAUUAAAGUAUAUGAACAAGAACAUUAUCGGAGAAUUGAUGCAAAAUUGAUCAAUUAAUAACCAUUGGGAAUUUUUUCACAAGUCAGCAGCCUGCUGUUUAGCUGUAAUAUGUAUGAUGUAGGGAGUGUGAGAAAGACUGUCAAGGCAACAUCACCCACAUUUCAAAUGUAGCAGCGAUGCCUGCGGCACAAAAAAAGGUAAAAGUAGGACGAGGUAUUAAAAAAUCAGCUGCCAAGAAAGGACUAAACGGUCUUCAAACCAUUAGUGCGAUGAUGAAAAAUCUUCGUCUUCAAUAUGAAGCUAAAUGUAAAGAUGAAAAAAGUUAUCCAUUGCCAGCUGUUAAAAAUUCAAUAAGAGAACAUGAGGAGAGAAGUCAGCUAUUAGUCAAGUUCACUUUAUAUAGUGGACCAUGUGAAGAUUGCCCGGUGAAAAUCUCCUCCCUAUUAUCAGCUUUGCGAAGUACUAGAUAUGUACACAUCAAAGAGCUGUAUGUUUGGGAUCUGCCUUUGAAGCACGAGGACAUUGCAAACCUGGCUUUGUUUUUGGAGAACGGAACUUAUCGCAUACAAUACUUGGAACUGAUGGAUUGUUCUAUCGAAAGCUAUGCUGUUCAAAGACUUGGAAGAUCGUUUCUCUUGAACUGUAUAACUGGUCUUCUUCUUGAUUAUAAUCAGUUCGGCGAUGAAGGUUGCGAGGGGCUAUGUCGGGGUCUAAAAAAUAACAAAACUUUACAAAGGUUGAGCUUAAACUACUGCAACUUAAGUCCAAUAUCAGGAAAAGUUCUGGGAGAUCUCCUUACUCAAACUGCUGUGUGUGAUAUAUAUCUGGAUGGGAACCAUUUGGAGUGUGAAGGUGUUAUUGAAAUGAUCAAACUGUUGGCAGACAAAGCUGAAAUGGAAGCCAUCAAAAGAGCAGAAAAGAAAGAACAACAUAGUAAUGAUCCACCAACGAGUGUAAAACCUAUGUCUGCCAUUUCUCAAAUGUCUGUAACUGAUGCAGCUAUACAUGUUUCCCAAGCAACAGAGCCAUCGGAAAAUUUUAGUGAUGCUAUAACGCAUGAAAAACCUACUGGGAAAAAGAAAGGAAAAAGAAAGAAAAAAUCUGGGAAGAAGAAAGUUAAGCAGCCUCCGAAAGUGGGACCUUGGGUGGAGAAAAUUCACAUUGCUAAUAACGGUAUUGAUGCUCAUGGUCCUGGAUCCAAUCUCGCUCCUGUUAUGUGUAUGAGACUAUUUCGAAAAUUGAUUACGCAUUCAGACUGUUUGAAAGAGAUUGAUGUUGAGCAAAAUUUGAUUGGUGAUCUAGGUGGACGCGAGCUUCUGGAGGCUUUGAUGGAUCGAAAAGAGGCGAAACUAAGCUCCAUUAAACUGAGAACAACUCAUCGAAUGAACUCGGCCACCUUUGCAAAUUUGGUUAAACUUGGCGGUGGUUUAAAAAAGAAAGGGAAGAAGAAAAGGGGGAAACCUGGGAAGAAACGGAUUUGAUAUUCAACGUCCUGUAUCGAUAUUUGUGUGCAAGCAUGGAGGACGCCGUUUUGUAGGAGAUUUUAUGUUGAGGCCUUGGGCAACAAUUUAGGGCAAAUGUUGUAAAUUCACACUGACAAUUUUAAUUGAAAACAUCUAUAGCAAUAGCUAGCUUCCAAUAAGACACGUCAGAUGUUUGUAACUUUUUUUAUAUUUCCCCUUCCCAUUUCAAUCCAUUGCAAUGUUUUUUUCAUACACGAAGCCAUGCACUAAACCGAAAUUUUGUCAAUCAGUAAUUCAAAACAAAAAAUGGGAUCAGUUUCACGAAUAACAGAAGUACUGUAUCAAGCAAUAAGUAACAGCAUGCUCAAAACAGAGUGGAAUCAAUUGUUAAACAGCUUUGUAAAGAUCAUGAGAAGAAAUGUUUUUUGGUUUUGCUGAGUUACAUAUAAUAUAUAUUAGUUUUUUGACUUUUAAUUGUAAAGUCGUAAAUAACUCGGCAAAUAACAAAAAAAUGAACGCUUUUUUAUUGCAAUGUGUCAUUUGCCUUCACAGAGAGGCUAAAGUAGCAAAAGAUUUUUGGCGUGCACUUUGCCUAUUGUGCAAUUUCGUUUUAUCUGGAAACAUGAAACGCAUUGCGAGUUUAGAGGAAAUUUGCAAGGGAAAUUUGCAAAGGAACGUUUUCGAGAAAAACGUACUUUGAAAUGUCAAUUGUCGAAUAAAUACGUAUGAAACUUAA